ACUGGCGAGACCAAGAAGCAGAGGUGCCGUUUCGAAGGUUGCGUCAAGACCUUUGCCCGUCCCGAGCACCUCAAGAGGCAUGAGAACACCCACAGCAAGGAAAGACCCUUCCCCUGCGUCGUCCCGUGCUGUCGUAGGAGGUUCAGCCGCAACGACAACCGGAAAGCGCACUACGAGACGCAU